AUUGUCAGACAGCCAAAUAAAUCCUAAUUUAGCGCCGUGAUAAUUUUUUUUCUAAUUUUAUUAUAAAUUUUCUCCAAUUUCCUUUAUAAUUUUCCAACUAAAUUAUGUGAAACGAAAUCAAUGAAUUACUAAAGAAUGUGAAAAUCGAAACAUUAGUUUCCAAUUCACACAGGAAACUCACAAACAUACAUGAUUUUCUAGGGCGUAGGUACUCCGCGAGACGCGAGACAAGUACAACAAAAAAAAAAUAUAUAAUUUUCUCAGCAGCCAUGAAAAUGUAAACAUUUCUGUCGGUAUCAUUCUACUACUUUUUAUGUGUCCUCUUGAUACUUCGAAUUGAUUUCGAUUAUUUGCUGAUUCAAAAUAAGUCGAUUAAAAUAAAAGUAAUUAUGCGGACUUAAGUCUUUUUCCAAUGAAAAAAUGCCUUUUUUUGGCCAAAUAUUGAAUAAAUUCACAGACAGUCGUUGGUGAAAUUUAUCAAGACUUAUCGAAUCGAACAGUGGGUGGGUGUACAAGAAGAACGGGGGAAAAAAAAGAAAUAUCAUGGAAAUGUGUGGGAAUGUUGGACCCGUCGUCGGCGGGGGUAACGGUAACGGUGUCGGUGUGGUGGGAAGUGGCAAUGCAAAAGUUACCACCACUCAAUCCAAGUGCAUGGUCAUAAGCAAUUUAAACAGUGGCGAACACAAUCAAGAGGUUUUCAAAAAUUUCAAAGAUCAUGGUUAUAUUUUUGGAAGUACCUCACCUCGAGGAAUGUCUACCUCGGAUUAUAUUGGUGGUGGAGGGUGUGUUGGUGCUGCCGACACAAGAGGAGGAGGUGGGUUUCUUCAAAAGGACAACAAUGAAAGUGACAACAAUAUCAGCUCUUGUUCAACUUUAGACAUUGUCAAUAAGGUUGAGAACUUAUCAAUUCUGGAAUUGGAAACACAACUUAAAGAACUGUCACAGAAGUUACAAAAAUCAGAAAAGUGCCGUGAUGAUUAUAAACGGAAAUUGGACGAAGCCACCGAGGACAAGGAACGAUGUUAUCGACGAUUGGAAGUGAUAAGUGCCGCUCACGAGAGCCGCAUCACAGAAAUGCACUGUGUCAUUGCAGAACUGAGUAAGAAACUAAGGGCAAAGCAGGAAAACACAAUUAUGGAAGAGAAUGAGCCGGAUGGCAGUGAAAUCAGUUACCAAGAAGGCUCUGUAUACAAUUCUGAAUUAAAUCUCACCAAUCCCGAUGCUGAAUGUCAAACGGAUCCACUUGAUGCCGAGUACUCCAUAGAUGAGGAUCAAAAAAUACUAAACGACACAGUAGCAAAGACUCAACUAGAAGAUCUACAAGAAGAAGUUCUUCAUUUAAAAGCCCAAAUAGCAUUGCUUCAAUCACAAAUUGCCAAUCCUCCUCAAAGUAGUACUCUGGUCCAUGGAGAACCAGAACUCGAUGACAACCAAGAUGGUUUUGUCUCCUACAACAAUGAACAUGACAAACCCGAAGAGGAUAACUUUAAACGUCGAAGCAUGAAGAAAUUGAACACGAGUAUCUAUGAUAACGAGUUUUAUAAGACUGAAGACGAUGAGAAUGCCUAUCAUUCGAAGGAGAUGCUUGCCGCAAUUAAUAAUUUGCACUCAAAAGAAAUGUACUUGGAAUCGCUGGAUGAUCGAAAUUUGUGUUUGGGGGGAAAGGGAGACAAUGCCAAUACAAAAUAUGUACCCAGUAAUAAUGCCUUUGUUGAAAGAGAAAAAUACCAACGUCAAGUUAAGAAUGCCAGCAGUGAUGCUCCAAUACCUAAAAUGGCAGAACGAGUAAAGCUGCGCAAAACAAAUGAAGAUCACAAUGUAACAGCAACUGACUUUAUUAAAACUGGGAUAAACAACACUGAAAUAGUUGAACAUUUGGUAUCGGAUUUAAUCCAAAGUAACAACAUGAUGGACAGUUUCAUCGAAGCCUCGCAACUUGACACUGAAUUUCAGAGACUGCAACGGAGAAUAGAACAUCUGAAAGUUAGAAACUCCGUUUUGGCAUUGACCUUGGAAGAAUGCAAGGAACACUGUGAUCAUCUUUAUCUACUUUGUGGAAAAUAUGAGUCAAAUGCAAUAGCAUUGCAAUCAGCUGUAAAUUGUAGUGAUCGUGCCAUUGAAGCCUAUGAUGUUAUGUUGGCGCUACUUGAGAGCAAAAUGGCUCUUUUGAAAGAAAGUUCUUCAGCAGCAGAGGACAGCAGAAGAUCAGUGGAAGCUGUAGCAAGACAUUUAUUGGACCGCCUUGAGAGUGAGAAAAAUCUGUCUGAAAACAGCUUAGGGCCGUGGCAAAAUACAUUUUGCAUAUCUGAUAAACCGUUUGAGCCCUGGACACCAGAUGACGAUAACCGCCUUAGAAAUCAUGUUUCCAAAUUGAAAGGCCGUCGAUCGACGGUACAAAAUACAAUUGUCAACUUGGAAUCACCAUUUAGUACAUUCUACGAAAAAUCACGAAUGGCUUUGGAAAGCAGCAAAGAAGUUAAACAAGAAAAAGGCACACAGCUGGAUUUGGAAAUGGCUGUUCUAAUGCAGGAAAUGCUUAAUUUGCGUGAAGAAAAUAUCGGACUGAAACAGAAACGUGAUGAAGCCGACCGGGAUCGACAAACCGCCAUGGAGAAGAUUUGUGUUUUGCAAGAAGCCUUUCAGCAACUGCAAACUCAAUUAUCAGACUCUGAUGCAUUGUUUAAUCUGCAUGCAGCAGAUAGAUCAUCUUUCUCUGAAGCUGAUCAUGCAGCUUUGACUGAACGUCAACUAGUGGAAGCCCUUACCCGUGAAUCGGAACUUAAGAUAAGAAUUCAGUCACUGCUGGGCUCGGUCUCGGCCACACAAAAAACCUCCGAUGAGAAGUACGAACAAGUACAAAAUAACAUAAAGGAAUUGCAAAAAAUGAACUUAAAUUUAUCACACUCUUUGGAACAAACAAAGAGAAAAUACCAACUGAAAAUACGCAAAUUGGAACAGAAAAUCCUCGAAAUGAGCAUCGAAUUGGGACACAACCAGCGAAUGAUCACACACGACAAUGUUCCUGAGACGACCUUGUAGGCGCUGCCUUAACCCAUAUCCAAAGAACUAUUUAAAAAAAUAUUCAUAAAUUGCUUUUUUUGUGUGUGUGUUUUCUUAACAAAAAAAACAAAACAAAAAAAAAACGAAAAAAAACA